AACUUCCACAGGUCUUUUAUUUUUUUGGUACAUGGACCAUCGAGAGUUGUUUGCGCUUGGUUGCCGGGACCGUGUGUUCUAUUUGUAUACAUCCCGUUUUCUCCCAAACUUAUAAAAACAUAAGGGAGUAUGGCAACGCGAUCCUUGUGGCGCACCCGAGGGAAACUCGCGGUGGCAGCCACUGCGCUUCUAACUGGGGGUGCUACAGCCACCGUGGCCACUUCCGAGGAUCCAGCGACUGCUCUAAAGCUCUGCACCGCCGUCCCUGUUCGCCUGUAUCGCAACACUGUCACUGCCGCCUCUAUUGCCUUCGAUUAUGAAUACUCGCUGUGGGGGUUGUCGGAAGGAAGUGUUGAGAAGGCGAAAGUUAAACAUGAAGUUCACUUAAGGUCUGCACGGAAACUUCAAGAACUUUGUUUUAAAAAUGGAGGAAUUUAUAUUAAGCUUGGGCAACACCUUGGUCAGCUGGAAUAUCUAGUUCCCGAGGAGUAUGUUCAGACAAUGAGGGAGUCAAUGCUGAACAAAUGUCCAGUUUCUUCGUAUGAUCAAGUGUGUGAGGUUUUCAAGAAAGAGCUUGGAGAGACACCGGAUAAAAUUUUUGAAGAAUUUGAUCCUGUUCCAAUAGCAAGUGCUUCCCUUGCACAAGUUCAUGUAGCUCGAACACUUGAUGGCCAAAAAGUGGCUGUGAAGGUUCAACACACUCACAUGACAGAUACUGCCACUGCAGAUCGUGCCACUGUGGAAGUGCUUGUGAAUACCCUACAUGGUGUUUUUCCUUCUUUUGAUUACAGAUGGUUGAUUGAUGAAAUUCGUGAAAGUUUACCCAAGGAAUUGGAUUUUUUGGUUGAGGCCAAGAAUAGCGAGAAAUGUUUGGAGAAUUUCCGGAAGCUAUCUCCCCAUAUUGCAGAAUAUGUUUAUGCUCCAAAGGUGCAUUGGAAUUUAAGUACUUCAAAGUUAUUAACCAUGGAAUUUAUGGAUGGUGCACAUGUGAACGAUGUGAAGACCAUACAGAAACUUGGGAUUCAGCCCAAUGAAGUUGCAACAUUAGUUAGUCGAGUUUUUGCAGAGAUGAUGUUCAGACAUGGAUUUGUGCAUUGUGACCCACAUGCUGCUAACUUGAUUGUUCGCCCUUUGCCAUCUGGUAAAAGGACCAUUCUAGGCAAGAGAAAACCACAGUUGGUACUCUUGGACCAUGGUCUAUACAAAGAACUUGAUUUCACAACUAGGUUUAACUACGCUUCCCUUUGGAAGGCAUUGAUUUUUUCUGAUGCUAAUGCAAUAAAGGAAAACAGUGUUAAAUUGGGUGCUGGAGAGGAUCUAUAUGCACUGUUUGCUGCCAUUCUUACCAUGAAGCCCUGGAAUAGGAUCAUUGACCCAUCCGUUGAUCAUUUGGUUAUAAAAGGCGAUGACAGCGAGCGUUCAGAACGGCAGAUGUACGCAUCUCAGUUUUUUCCUCAAAUCUCAGAGCUUCUAAGGAGGCUGCCACGAGUAAUUCUGUUGAUGCUGAAGACAAACGACUGUUUACGAUCUGUAAAUAGUUGUCUGUUGCAAGGAUCUUCUGUCGAGACAUUUUUCAUCAUCGGAAAAGUUUCCUCCGAGGCAGUUGUUGAGGCAAAGAAGUUGCAGCGAAAAUCCUUACUAAGCAGGUUAGAUGUAUUGCUGGAGGAAAUCUUGUUGGAAGUUAGACUUCUUGGAAUGCAGAUAGCCCUGUGGCUUCUACAUCUAAGGAGAGCAUUGACGGGAUGAAUACAAACAUCGGACAUAGAGCCUGUUUCUUUUCUUUUUUCAAAUUUUUACCACACAGUGACUUCAUAUUCUUUCUCUCCGCUGUCCAGAAGGUGCUUUGGGCACGGAUUGAUACCGUGAUUUUUUUUCUUAAACAGUUAAAAGGAAAAGAUGUAUCAUUCAUUCGAUCCAAUAAGAAACUCGGGAUGAUAAUUUGUGUUGUAAAACCCCUCAAUGGGGAAGGAGAAAUUAUAAGACACGGACGAAUGGAAUUUAAUUUCCUUGUGAUUUUUGGAAAUGAAUAUCGUGUCCAUUUGAA